UGGGCUUUACGUAAUCUGUGUUUUAUCAAUUUCUGCAUAACACAGCAUUUUUGAGCUUAUACGUGAAUUUGGAUUGCCUCUAAUUUCGUGAACAAGCUUUUGUGAACAAGAGAAAUUUCACCAGGGUACAUACACAAAUCGACGCUGCUGAGAAAAAAAAGAUCUCGGGUUAUUCGACAUCUGUAUGUCUUACAGCUACACCGCUUCGUAAUUUACCAUGACCGUCAUGCUCCUGGUCAUGCCCCGUCGUUUCCAGCUAUGCUUCGUGGUGUGGUGCUUAAUGGCUGCUGGAUAUUUCGGUCAGCAUUGCAAGAAAGUUUAUAGCCGUUAUAUCUGCACUUGCAAUUCAACCGCGUUUCUUGAUUAUUCUCGCGCGGUAAACUUCGACCAGAUUCCCGACGAAGUGAUGGACUUAUCCUUUACUUCCGCUCAACAGGGCAUUUGGCCCUAUAAUCGAGGGGAUCUUUUGCAUUGUAAUAUCCUGCGGCACGAGCACACGAGCAUUCCGUUCACUAGAAGCUUGACAAAACUUUAUCUAACUGGAUUUACUGGAGAGCGCCAUCAACGACCGUCAUUCAAACAAUUUGUAAAGAACGUGCAAAGUGUCAUCGAGUCCCUCACCAUAAAUUUUUGCAAAAUCGGAUAUCUGGAUUCGCAUUUCUUCGGAAACUUCAGGAAACUGGUCUACAUUGAUUUGUCGAAGAACGACAUUUAUGAUGUAUCCAUUGACACUUUCCAGAAUAUGGAGUUGACUAGUUCGAGUGGUUGGUUGGACCUCAGUGAAAACGCUUUGCAGGAAGUUGAUUUCCGGGUAUUCGAAUCACUCGAAUCUUGGAUGGAUGGACUAGAUCUUGACAAACAGUAUCCUAAAUUGCGCAAGUUAUAUCUCAGUGGCUCCAACUUUGAAUUAGCAGCAUUGAAGCAAGUUUUUCUUGUUGAGAACGAUAGUUCGUCGAUGCCAGUUGAAAUUUUGCAAUCAUCGCCGCAACUCCAAGGGUUGGCUCUUCAGGAAAAUAAAUUGUGCGACACCGACGAUUGCUCCUGCUGCGAAACCCAAAGGUUUCUGAAUUUGCUCGUCAAUACAUCAGCCAAUCAAACGGAAUUCGACUUUGAUUGUGGUUUGCAGACAUGUGGCCGUGGAGUAAAUCACCGGUCCCAGAUGCACCUACCACCGUUGCAUCUUUCUUGUGAGUACGGAAGAGGUCACUAAAUUUAAAUCAGUUCCACCCAGUAAUAAAUGAUCAUUUAAAAAUUAAGCUUAAGUACAAGAUGAUUUCAAGUUAGCAGAACUUUUCGUAAGUAUUUGAGGUCCGAAGUGUACUCAACCUGAUCCGCUUGAUAUCCAGUGUGAGAAAGAAAUAAUCUCGUUAUCACACUCCAAUUUGGAAGCAACAGAUGCUCUACUGAUCCUUUUCGCCAGCGAUUUCUCUGUGCGCUGCUACACGGUGUUUCACGACAUUUAUCACAAAACACUGGAACUGGGCAACGUCUCGCAACCAGCACCGGGCUCUUCAUCUGCCGUAACGCUCUAUUCUCGUGAUAACCGGCAGUCCGUGUGGGGACCAGACCCUGACGCUAUAAACCCACGAAAGGUCAUUGUUGACACCGAUAUCAGUCCACAAUGUGACAACAUCCGUGUGAAAUUUUUGCAAUUUGUCCGCAAUGACAUUUUAACCGACGAAAUCGACACCACCGUGUCUUCUGCAGCACCGGCAAUAAUUUCCAUUCAAACCUGGAUUGCACGUCAUUUGGUGUGCCCGCUUGGCGCUCCGUUACAUGUUAAUUGCACGGCGGGAAUGGUUAGUUUCUCUCAAAGUCCACUCAACGCCACGAAAUCAACGAUUCUGCACAUUCGAGGCGACGCAUCGCUGCGUUGCAGAGAAUUCGUGAUUCAGUGUCACGAAUAUUUGAUGAACGCGCAGGGGACUGCGGUGCAGUUUGAUGCAGAAUACUGUCGGUUACAAGACGCAGUUGUCGCAACGUGUCAACGUGGUCACAUUUCCUGUCCGAACCGAAUCGACGAAACUCUGCUAAGACGCAGCUGACGUACUAUUCUGCUCCCAACAAUCCGUGCCAAGCAAAAUACCGAGUCUUCCUCAAUCACAUUCAGAUGGUUCAGCUAAAUUUAGCGCUCGCUGGUGCAGACUGACGAAACGCAGAUCCAUGACGAUGACGAAGAGAACUUAUGCUUUUUCAAUUUGGCCGAAAUGUGUUGGUCAACAAACACUACUCCACUUCACUAUGCCUGGCUGUUGUGCAUAUACAAACAAUAUUUUUAAAAGCUAGCUGUUAAAUGCAAAAUUACGCUUCUCGCACAAGUUGCAAAACUUUAGACUGCAGUGCAUCAGAGUACUUGUACUGAUAAGUGAUGAAGAACGGAGAAAAUUCCACAGCGGUCAGGUUGAUUACAGGUUAUACGAGUACGUUAUUUUGGCUUCUAUCAACAAAUGUGU